UCUACAGGCUCGUCAAGCAGAGAAAUAAACAGAAUCGAGCUCCGAGAGAAGAGAGGACGGUCCUCCCUCCCCUCCCCCCUCAUAUCUGUCCAUCUUCCCCCCGCUCCUUUCUCCCAUGGACAGGAAUUACCCCGCUGCAGGCUUUGGGGACCUCGGGGCUGGGGCAGGAUGGACCUACGACAGGAAAGCAGGCCUCAUGUACGGGAGUUCCAGGUCAUCGCACCCAGACUCCGAGCUUCUCCACCGGCAGACCUACGGCACCCCCCACCCCCUCCAAGGCUAUGCAACCAACCACCACCCGGUGAGCUCCAGGCAGGGCGGAGCUUGGGGGGCUCCUGGCCGCACGCUCGGUCUGUCUGGGUUGUUUGAUGCGAGCCUGCACCACGCCAGCCCCUCAGGACCAGAUCCCUCAGUCAUGAAUCUGAUCUCAGCCCUGGAGUCCCGGGGCCCUCAGCCCACCCACUCUGCUUCAUCCCUCCUAUCCCAGUUUAGGAACCCCUCCUGGCAGACUGCGAUGCAUACGCCGGCCCCAGCGGAGCUCUUUAUUUCAGGAACACUCCCCGGCUCUGGCUCCUUUCCUUCCCCGUCAACCCUUUCUGCAUACCAGCCUUCUGCCUCCUUUUCUGGACGAUCUUUUACCCCCUCACUAUCCCUGCAGGAUGCACCUACAUUUAGCCCCUCUUCCAACGGUUUGCUCUCCCCCCAUGAUCCUCUGCUGCACAUCAAAACCCCUUCCCAAUCCAGCCUGGGCUUUGAUCGCUUGCUGUCCUCUCAGAGUGCCGCGUACAGGGGUUCUCAGGAGCCCCCAGGCCCCCCUCAUAGCCAGACCCCCUCCACAUCCCCCGGGUGCCACCUGCCUCCUCCUCAGUUCAAUCUCCUGUCCCCCCAGCUCCACAACCGGUCCUCUCAGCUGUAUAACGCCUCCAUGUUCUCUUCUGCUCCAGCUCUGCCGCCUCCACCUCCCCCCCAGCCUCCUCCAGAAAUGGGAGUUUCCCGACAUGACAGUGUGAUCAAGCACUACCAACGUUCCGCUCCGACACAACCCACAGCCAUUCAGCAGUACGGCCGCUUCGGCGGUUCAUCUGGAUACCAGCAGGUUGUAAGCCACCACCGACAUGUUGGGAUGUCCUGCAGUCCCCCGGCGGAGCUGAGUCCAUCCCAUGACCCCAAAGCCUCAUCCCAGAUGGAAUCCCAAACGUACCCCCCUGCCAUCCAAACGCCGUACAAGCCCCUGUCCUCCAGCGCCUCAGCUUCUUCUUCAGCUGCCACCAAAGGAACUAAUAAUUCUGGCUCCACCAGUUGCUUCUCCUCUUUAGGUUCCUCCUCCUCCCGCGCCCCGCAGACUCCCCCCUCAGCCUCUUCCACAUCAACUUCCUCCUCCUCUAGUUCCAACACAAGCACUAGUUCCUUGUCUGCUCCUUCCCGUCAGCAGCCGCCCCCCCAGUCAGCCCCGGCACCACCGCCUCCGCCCGUCGCCUCGUCCAGUCUUGCUCAACAGCCAACUUCCAAACAAUACCUGUCCAACUACGGCUCUCAGUCUGUGGCCAAAUCUGGCACAGGUCUGUUGGACCACACCCCUCCCCAUCCCCACGCCCAGUCCUUCUCCCCCAAUCAGCCUCCAUCGGCACACAUGACCCAGUCCUACGGAGAAUACAACUCACCUCUUUCCCAGGAGUCAAACUCUGGAGCGGGAGGUGCGGGGGCCAAAGUGUUCACUGGUAUAGACUCAGGGGGGCGUUCUUUCUCUGGAGACAUGGUCUUCGAGGAUUCAAGCUUUGGCUCAGCUUCUCUCAGAAGGGCAAGCAGUCCUUCCCUAGGAUACAGGAGUGAAUCAGCGAGAAGUGGACCCACGUCAGGGGUGCCUGCCCAGAGCAGUGGAGUCGGAUCUUCGGGAUCGGGAAGUGGGGCCGCCGGUGUUGGUAAUGAAACCACCAGCUCUUACCACCUGGCUGAGUCUAGUACGUCACCCAAUGUCGGUUCAACUCUCAGCUACCCUGCAUUGCACUCUCCUGCUGCUGCUCGUCCCGCACAGUCCCCUGCAAGCUCGGGGACCUCGAAAUACUUGUCUUCUAUCCUGUCUCCGGCUUUCAUGCCUUCUCCACAAGGUUUCCCCGAUACACGACAAAAUCAGAGCCAGUCUUAUCACUCAACACCAACCAAACCAAAAAUAGAGACCAACAUGUUGGCGGUGGAGCGCUCCCAAGAGGAGGAAGAAGACAGUGAUUUCCUGAUUCACCACUUACUACAAACACAAAGCUCAACGCCUCACUCUUCCCAGCAUCAUCCACACCGCCAACAACCCCCCCAGCUGCUCUCACAGGCUAGGGACGGGGAGGGCAAGAGGAUGGCCUACGAUGUCAGCAAGAUCUCGGAAGAGCGCUACCAACCUCAGAGUGUCAUUCGGACCAAUAAUAACAACUCCAGUUCAGGUCCUGGAACGGCAAUUAAUGACACAUCAAUUGGUUUAACCAGACAGUUAGACAUAUCUCAGAGCAAACAGCAGGCCGAGUCAGAUCUGACCAUAUCGAAGUCCACUCCUGGAGGGGUGAGAGGGGUUACUGACUCUCUAUCCCACUCCCAUACGACCCACUCCCAUCAACAGCAGCACGAGUUGGACUCUGUGGUCCAUUAUGGAAGAGGAGGACCUUAUAUCCAGCACCAACACUCCCAACUUCCCCAUCACACCGCACACGCGUCCCCACAUCCUCAACAAAUCCCCCAGCACCCCCGGCACACUCAACAUAUACCGCAUUCUCAACACUCUCAUCGUAGCAGCUCUCACAUGGAGCUUAAGAAAGCUCAAAAUACGAGUGACAACGCAUACCUGUGUAACACACCUGACGUGCAACAGACUCAGCAAAGUCAGGUUCCCCUCUCUCUGAUGGACUCCUCACCAGACCCAUCUCAGCCAGCUCACAUGCUGUCGUCCGUGCUUUCUCACAGCACCCACACCAAGAUGGAACCUCAGCAAGCUCUAACGCAGCAGCAACAGCAGCACUCAUUGAGUCAGCAGGCUAUGACUAGUUCAGCUGCAGGAGCAGGGCCUGUUGGGAUGAAAUCCCACCCCCAAAACCAGUCCUCGCAGUUGCAGCUGCAGCUCCAGAACCAGGGCGUAGACACCCACUACAGCCUUGCAUCCCAGUCAAGAGAUCAAACUCAAGCCAGUCAGAAUGCAAUGUCUCCACUAGACAUGCUGGACCAGUCUCUGUCCCAGGCCAGCAGCAUAGACAGUGGAGGACCCCUGGAAAGAGCUGGGGUUGGUGAGGGAGGUGGUGGAGACAGGCCUAUACAGCAGCAGAGACUUACACCCCACCACCGUCACCAACAGAAACCCUCGGACCUUCACGACUUCCUCUCCGAACCAGAUUUGGGCGUAUCUACACCUUCACAUCUUCAUCACCUCAGCCAGCCUCCACCCCAUGACCACUCCCAUGUCCUCCAGCUGUCACAUGCACAGUUAGCCCAUCCACAUCCUCUCCGGAUGGCCCCGAACAUGGGGACUCCCCAACCGACACAGCAAACCCAGACAAGAGAGCAUGAGAGCCAACUGCACUCCCAGUUAGACCAGCUCAAACAGCACCAGUUUGUCUCAAUGAGCCCGGCUGAUAAAGUAGGACAGCAUCAGGCGCAGCCCCAGCAGCAGAGGUUUGCACCUCUGACGUCCAUCUGCUUUCCGGACUCUCUCCUACAAGAUGAAGAGCGUUCUUUCUUUCCUGAAAUGGAAGACAUAUUUUGUUCAUCUGAAUACAAAUCCAGCUGUGCUGGGGAUUCUGGACCAGGACAGGGUCCAGAAAACCUCAGUCAGGCUCAUGGGCAGGCACAGGAGAGUAUAGAGGACUUGAAAGCAGCAGCAGGAGAGGGGUAUGACAUGGUUGCUCAUCACGGGGAUCAAGGCUACGGGCAGUACUGCCACAGCCUUCCAGGAGCAGGAAAUGGAAAUCUGCACUUGGACCUUGAUUCUCUGAAGACCCACGAACUUCCCUCCACUGUGAACACUGACCAGCUUGGCCUAAUCCAGUCCCAACCCCCUCCCAUGGGACUGGGUUCAGCAGCCCAACUGGAUGGCUCAGUCAACAAGAUGAUGGGAGCUGUCGGUGGAGGCGCCAACAGUAUCGGUCUGACUUCGCCCAUCUUCUGUUCCUCACGGCCAAAGAAACUGUUGAAAACCAGCUCCUUUCACCUGCUCAAGCAGCGGCGCGAGCCACAGCCCCAGACCAAGAAGAACUACGCCCAAGAGUAUGAAUUUGAGGAUGAUGAAGAUAAAGCUGAUGUUCCAGCGGAUAUUCGCCUCAACAGUCGACGCCUUCCUGACUUGUUGCCUGACUUGGUGUCCAGUUGUAGGAGGGCAGUGGGGGGGUCAGUUGUAAGUGGGCUGAGUCCAAUAAUAGGGGACAUGGACUAUUGCCACCCUUCUGGCUACUCUUCCCUCGGAAACCCUCCACAGCUCCUCCCUCAAGAAGGCCCGAAGAAGAGAGGCAGGAAACCAACCAAACCAAAACGUGAAGGCCCCCCACGCCCACGAGGAAGACCACGCAUACGUCCUCUCCCAGAGCCUCCGUACUGCCGGGGCUUGAUGGGAUCGGUGGGCGGGGAAACUAAGAGAGGGCGAGGUCGGGGUCGAGGGCGUGGGAGACGAGAGGAAGGGCUGGUGGAGACUCACCGAGACAUGAAUAAAGCACAAAGCCUGCCGUACCAUCAUCUGCAGCAGCAGCAGCAGUACGGCCAGCAGCAGAAUCUGCAGCAGCUUCCCCAACAUUACGGCCAACAAGCAGACCUUCACCAGGCCCCACACCAGAAACCCGGGCAGCAUCAGCUGCAUCCGCAGCAGCAGGUUUCCUGUUCACACCAGCAACUGCUCCAUCAGCCGCAUUAUCAACAGCAGCAGCAACCGCCCCAGCAACCGCAGCAGGAUCCACUCAGACCUAUCAAGAUCAAACUGCCCGUGUCCGCCCUGCCUCCGCCAGAGUCCCUGCUGAGGACGGACUCUCUGUCCAGCAGCGAGCCGGUUCUGUCUGAUGGAUCCGUGGGCUCGGCCCCGUCCCUGGGCCUGAGUCCUGGACCCAGCAGCAACAUGGACAUCAGCAGGACCGACCUGGACCAGGACAGCAUGAUCAAGCAGCAGCACAGCGCUGAGGAGAUGCUGGUGGACGGGUGGAAGAAGGACAGCGACGAUCCGCUGAACCCUGAAACCUGGGCUGCUAUGCAGAAACUCUCCAGUUCAGUGGAUGACAAGGCCUUCGACUUUAAACCCGGCUUCAUGGCCUCUUUUCUGGAUUUCCUGAAGACCGGCAAAAAGCCGCCCGACCUGGACCCGGACGGAGGUCAGCAGGAAGUCCUGGACCACUGCUCCUCUCUGAAGGGAGGGAUCCGACCCCUGUCGCCGCCGCCCCCCUCCCUCCCAGCAACCCCCCCACAGCAGCCCCCAGGGGGCUUCGGCGAGGGGGGGCCGGCGGAGGGGGAAGAGCUGGCCCUCAGCGGCUGCUCCAGUCCCUGCAAGCCUCUGGACGAGGAGCUGAAGAGGAACCUGGAGACGCUGCCCUCCUUCUCCUCCGACGAGGAGGACUCGGUCAGCAAGAACCAGGACCUGCAGAAGAGCAUCUCCUCCGCCAUCUCCGCUCUGUACGACACCCCGCACUCGCUGGCUGCCGCCAUGGCCUCCGCCAUGCUCAAAGCCCAGCCCGCCGUCUCCCCCCCGACGCCGCAGGAGCUGUCGCUCAGCCCCCCCCUGCCCGCCGGGCCCCCUCUCAGCCCCUCCAGGGAGGAAACCCUCACGGACACGCAGCAACACUCCCAGGACCAUGAAGAACAACAGCUGAUCAGUCCAGGUUCAACCAGAGAAGAAACAGAGGAGAGAAGGUCUGAGCAGGGAGAUGAAGAGGAGGAGAGACGAGAGGAGACCGUCACUAAAGAGGAAGUCCUGGAAGAGCUGCAGGAUCUGGAGAAGGAAGCACUGGGGAAGGAGGAACCGGAGGAUAUGUCUGAGAUGCCGACUCUGGAGGUUCCCAAAGUGGAAAAAGUUGAAGAUCCUCCAUCGGACCCUGGGCUGGCCCCCGCCCCUUCCUCCCCCUCCCCGUCCCCCUCCCCCCUGCCCCCCCUGUGUUUCUCCGAGCCCUCCACCCCCCCGAUCCAGCAGGACGAGGAGCCCAUGAUCCCAACGUCCUACCAACAUGCUGCCAACGCAGGCACCUCCCCACCGCCCAGCACCUCCCCCAUCCCCUCACCCCCUCUCUACAGCCUCCCCCUGAGCCAGUCCAUCCCCCCUCCGUCCACCACUCCUCCUCCGUCGUCUUCUGACCAGGACCAGGAGCCCGAAGCUGGGCCGCCUUCCCCGUCCUCCUCCUCCUCCUCUCCCUCCCCCUCUUCAUCCUCCUCCCAGCCACUGUCCCCCCCGACUCCGGAGGAGGCCCCGGCGUCGCAGCGACUCACCUCUCUCCACCUGGCCAAGAAGCAGGUGGAUGCAGCCAUCGCUGGGGAGAGUGAGGAGGAGGACAGCGAGAGCGGGGGCGAGGGAAUCUUCCGGGAGCGGGACGAGUUUGUGGUUCGGACUGAGGACAUCGGGACUCUGAAGAUGGCUCUGCAGACCGGCCGGGAGCCCCCGCCCAUCUGGAGGGUGCAGAAAGCUCUGCUCCAGAAGUUCAGCCCCGAGAUCAAAGACGGCCAGAGGCAGUUCUGUGCUACCAGCAACUAUUUGGGUUACUUUGGUGAUGCCAAGAUGCGCUACCAGCGUUUGUAUGUGAAGUUCCUGGAGAACGUCAACAAGAAGGACUACGUGAGAGUGUGUUCCCGGAAGCCGUGGCACCGAGCGGGCCUGAGUCUGAGGCGCCAAUCACUGGCUAAACAGCUGCCGGCCAAUCACAGUCAAGCUCAAGCUCGGAUGGAGAGACAGAAAGAACGAGAGCUGAAGGACCAGAGGGAAAGAGAAAGACAGCAACGAGAGAGAGAGCACAGAGAGAAGAUCGAAAAGGAGCAAAAGGAAAAAGAAGAGAGGGAGCAGAAGGAAAAGGAGAAAGAAGAGAGGGAGCAGAAGGAAAAGGAGAAACAAGAGAGGGAGCAGAAGGAGAAAGAGAGACAAGAGAGGGAGCAAAAGGAGAAAGACAGACAAGAGAGGGAGCAGAAGGAGAAAGAGAAACAAGAGAAGGAGCAGAAGGAGAAAGAGAGACAGGAGAGGGAGGAGAAAGAGAAGGAGGAGAAUGAAAAGAUGGUGAGAGAAAGAGAGUGCAGAGAGCAAAAGGAGAGAGAAAUAGAACGGGAGAAUGAAAAUGAAAGGAGGGAAAAGGAGCAGACGGAGAGGGAGAUGAGAGAAAAGGAGCAAAAGGACAGAGAGAGGAGGGAAUAUGAGAGAGAGCAAAUGGAGAGGGAGCAGAAAGAGAGGGAAAAACACGAGAGAGAGGAAAAAGAAAGAGAGAAAAGACAGAGGGAACAAGCUGAAAGAGAGCGGCAGGAAAGAGAGCAACGACAGAAAGAGAAACAGCAGAGGGAGAGAAGAGAAAAGAGAGAGAAGGAGAAACAGGAGCAGGAAAGGAGAGAGAAACAGAGAGAACAGAAAAACAAAGAAUUAAAGGAGACCGAGAAGGAGAGCGAGCAAAAAGAAAGAAGAGAUGGAGGAGAUAGAAGACAAGGAGCCAUGGAGGCUGGAAGACCAAAGGAAGAGAGAGAAGGAGAGAAGAAGGUGGAGAGUCAGAGCAACAGCAGGACAGAGAAGACGGAGAAGACGGAGCCCCCGCCCAAGAAGAGGAGGAAGUGGCUGAAGGAGGUGAAGGAGGAGGUGCCGUCCUCGUCCUCCUCCGAGACCGACUCGUCCCUGGCCAGCGACCAGGAAGGACCGGUCCGCGGGGCAGCCAGCAGCCGGGCCAUGAGGGAGAUGUUCCGCAGCUACGUGGAGAUGCUGGUCAGCACGGCGCUGGACCCCGACAUGAUCCAGGCUCUGGAGGACACCGAUGAUGAGCUGUACCUCCCACACAUGCGGAAGAUCGACGGCUUGCUGAGUGAACAGAAGAAGAGGCUGCUGAGGAGGAUCAGCAUGAGCGCUCAGCACCAGGAGGUUUUACAUUUAUUCCCCAAAAUGACAGCGGACCCUCUGGAGUCUGGAGCCGUCCGGGUUCACCUCGGUGGGGAGGGCUACAACCGGAAAACGCUCAGUCGGGUCAAGAAGAGUGUUCCCAAGCAGCAGGAUCUGAAGCUUUCGAUUGAAACCUGCCGGAUAUACAGCCUCUAUCACUCUCUUCACCACUACAAGUAUCACACGUUCCUUCGCUGCAAGAAGGAGACUGACAACAUCGAGCAGGCGGCGGAGGACCCCGGCCAGGAGGAGGUGGUGCAGCAGUGCAUGGCCAACCAGAGCUGGCUGGAGAGCCUGUUCAGCUCCUUCAUGGAGCUGCUCAGCCUCAGCUCCAAGGCCUGAAGCGAACCAGAACCAGAACCAGAACCUCAUCAAGCUUCUCCAACGAGCAUCACACCACAGAAGCUGCAUGGAUGCCAGAUGUUCCCCGGUUGGAAGGAGAGCAGAUGUUAACAUUUAAAGUAUUUGUUUUCUUAAGUCCAUCUUGAGUUUCAAGGAUUUCACUGGAAGAUGGACGGUAGUGAAGUGAGAGUGUGAUGGAUUCUUCACCAAAUAUCGGAGGUCACUUCGUUCACUUGACCUUCGUCAAGACUUUCGUCAAGACCUUCAGAACCUGAUGAGCACCAAUGAACUGAUAAUGGUUUGUAUGAUUUUUAUCAGGACAUUUUUAAAAACGAGCACCCCCAACGUGGGACUGUUUGUUAUUAUUUUGAAAAAACGUUUUAAAAGGGUGUACAUAAAAUGGCGCACCGGCGUUUAUGGCUUCUGUUUGACCAGCAGUUAAAUACUGGGAGACGCUAAAGGAAGGCCUCAAAGGACUAUGUGAUAGUUUCUACCUGCCUCAGUAAAAAAGUGUUAAACUGAAAGAAAAUGGGUUAAAAUAAGGCCUGUUUGUUUUGUUUGAUCUUCAGAAGACAAGGAAAAGGAGGGUUGAAAAUGACAAGGAAUAAAAAAAUAAAUCACAGCUUUCUUAAAGGAAGUGUGAAGUGAAAACAUCCAAAACCAUAAAUGUCAGUGUUUAAUGUUCGUCAUUUUUAUCUGUUCGUUGUUGGUUGAUAUUUCCUAUCGUUUGACCUCUGAAAAUGUUAUUGCAGAGCAAUUUUGUUGUUUCGAUGUGUAAAUACUGUACAGCUCCUUCAUUCUCUAGUUCGCAGUUGCUCUUCUGUAUAUGAAAUUCCCGUAUUUGACAUAAUGAAAUAAAACUGUUCAAAUGAUAAA